AUUCGCCAAGUGACCGCUGCGCUGCGCACACGUCGCAAUCGUCGUGGUUUAUUUUUGUUUCACUUUUGUCUUUAUACUUUUUCACCGCCGAGGACGAGGCGACGUAUCGCGCGCUGUGAAGUGGCAGUGUUUUGAACUUUAUCUGUGACAUUGGUGUGGCAAUUUUUAAACUGUAAUUAGGUUGUUUUUAUUAAUCUAUGAUGUACAUGUCCGGAUUUUUUAUUUUUUCCACCGAUUUCGCAUCGAGAAUGACGCCGCAAGAAGAGCGUGAGAGUGCGCGUGGGGCAGAGAUUGCAGACGCCUUCGAGGAUGACAUGUUCGGCCCACCGCGGACAGAGCCUGCCACUCGCCCAAAACUCUCCAUGAUUUCCGCAAGGCUUCGAGCAAAUGAAGAGCGCAAGCGGGUCAUUGAGAUUUGUUCGCAAAAGCUGGAAAAUAUUGAAGAUCCGGCGCGAGAUCUCCGGCGGUCAGUCUGUAUCAACAACACGUAUUGCCGACUGAGCGAAGAGGCGCGCAAGGAGAAGGAAGCGAGGAGACGACGAGCCAGAGAAGAGUGCGAUGAUUCUUGGGUGGGAAAGAAAGCCAGGCGAGCGGUUGAGGACGAAUGCCUGGCAUUGUUGGACGCAAUACCGGAGUUGGGGGACGCAAAUCUCGGUUGCGCCCAACUAGCAAGGCAACUGCCGCGACAAGAUGUACCGUUGCUGCCGCCUGGCCUUCUUACGGUUCUCGAUUCAUGACCGCACCGCACUGCACACCUUCACACACAGCUGUGAUGUCAGAAAUCGGAAUAAGACGCGCUCGAGCCGAAAGCGCUCGAAACGUUGACCGUGUUACCGGACGUACGCGCUCUUAGCGAUUCGAAUUGCACUCGAAGUGAUCCGGGUCGCGUUCGAACCUGCGCUUCAACAGACGACGAGCGCCGAGCCGCAGUAUCCACGUCACCUCGGACAGUCAACGUAUAGCUAAUUCUUUGUUGUUUAAGAAGAGUACUUACUUUGUUAACAUGUUUUUAUUAUUAUUUAGUGAAAGUUGCUCAGGCGCAGCCGGCGGGCGCGGUCCAAUUUGUGUUCGAUGAUUGUUUCAUCGGAGGACUCGGAGUGAAUUUUGUCCACAAAACGUCGCGUGGUGAACAAAAGAAAAUUGAGGAAGUUUUACGGUUUAUAUUGGAGACCUAGAAUUAAGACAUAAUGUUACAUUAUUGUAUUAUAAAUAAUUACAUGAAUAGUUUGUAAGUGAUAGUGCAAAUGACUGGGAACGGCCGCAAGGGGCUCCACAGCAAAAUUAUUUUUUCGCUUAUUUUAUUUUUUGAAGUUUAGUUUUGUGUUAUCAAGUGAGCAACUAUGUAUAUUGUUACAAGAUUAUUUUAGACGGAAUUCAUUCCGCACAUUCCGCAAACUUCGAAAGUAAAAGUUGAGUAGCGAGUGAGCGAGUAUGCAUGAAGUCGACUGUGUGUAGUAGGCCAUCGAAUACAUAUACCAUGUGACGAGGUGUUCGUUCGUAAUAAAAACAAAAGAAAAAGAGUAUUUUAGAAGAUUUGACUUAUACAAAACCGAAGGCAGUUCGUGAGACUUACGACCUUACUCGCGGAGACAGGCAAGGGCAAACGUUUGAGGGCCAUCAACCAAAUGUUUGAUGAAGCAUUGCAUUUUUAAGAACAAGUCUGAGUUUAAAAUUUGUUUCGUUAUUUUUAGGUUUUUGUGUUUAAGUUAGAUGUUCUUAUUUCGCUUUCACGUUACCUUAUCUAAUAAUUUACGCUCUGUUACCAUUUCUAUAAGUCGAUUGAAAUACUUAUAUUCGAUCGUUGCGUAGCUUAUCGUUUUUGAUAUUACGGGCGUUGUGUUUUGUAUCGUAUAUUUGUCGUUGUUAAUUUAUUAUACAUUUAUGUUGGCGGUUUCGCGAAAGUUGUGUGCAUUGUGUGACUCGUGCAAUUGGAGAGAGCAACGAAAUUUUUCUAUUGAGAUCUUAAUUGUCGCAAAAUAUAUCGGUUGUUGCCCGCCUCGCCCCCUUUGAAUAGUAAGUAGGUACCUUGGGAAAGACGCGGCGAGGUGGGGGACCUUAGGGAGGGAUAUUAGGGUGGUUAGGGGGCGACUAGGCCGGGGCCGCGCCGUUCCCAGCACUCCUGUGAUAUUAGCCUAGACUGUAUGUCGUGUUCGUACUAGUUUCCUCAUCCGUCUUUUUUGGACGCUGUGCUUUGUGAGUAACGCUUUAAGAAAAUGUUUUUUUUUUCUACGCGGCGGUUCAAUACUAAUUAACCGGAUUGUAAUCGUUUAAAUCAACUGUAGUGAGUUUAGGCGUCUUUCUUCACUGUAUGAAUAAAAAUGUAGUAUUUCCUUUUAUAUAGCGUUUUUACGUUGAUAGAAUUAUGUAUUAUAAAAUUAAGCGCUUGUAAUACCGUCGGGAUGACCCGACGGGGAUCGAGGUUUGCAAUAAAUUGAUAGCGUGCUAACAAAUUGCUACAUUAUUCACUCUGUUUAUCCUAUUAUAUUGGAGUAUUCUGCCAUUUGUAUGCUAAGAUAAAACAACUUAAUUAUAAAGCAUUUACAAAACGCCUAAAGUUUUACAAUGAAAUGUAGUCUGAAGGCAGAGAGACCCUACAAGGAACAAGACUUUUACGUUUGUAAAGGUAAUCUUUCUGAGUAACGAAGCCAACACUUCAUAUACUACGUAUUUUUCAUUAGUUUUAACGGAAUCAUUACAUACCAAAUGUAUUCAAUAAAUCAGUUGUACGCACAUAUAAAUUAAGCAACAAUGUAUUCAACGAGCCACGUUCAUAUCUGCGUUAUAUACAUUUUAUAUGCGAAUGAAGGACAUAGAUUUUAGUUUAUAUUUAAAUGUGUUCAAAACGUGGCUCCGAGAACUCGUACCGGAGCGAGUUUUAAGAUUUUACUGUCAAAAUGUCAAGAAAUAAAUAUUUUAAACACCGAGCCUUAUUUGUUUUAUGUAGAAAUCCUGCUACGAACGGCAAUACGUUUUCAAGUUGGUAAGAAUCAACGUUUCAAAUCAUAUUUAAAUAAAAAAACAAUGACUUAAAAAUAGCAAGUGUGCUUAAUGAAAUAAAUUACAUUUAUUGAUUAGCAUUAAGUAUUAGCUUAAUUAAAAUUCUAGCCGUUGACAAAAGUUAAUCAUUUAUCGACAUAUUGUAUCAAGGAAACAUCCUAAGUAAAAGAAUAGAAUAGAAUAAAUUUUUAUUCAAUAUCGAUUACAAGUAAUUCUUAUUGAGAGUCAUUUUUUAUUUUACCACUGGUUCGAAAAAAAAUCCUCUGUCCUGGGAAGAACCAACAAGAAACCCAGCGGGACUUUAUUUAAAAAUAAAUUACAUAUUUAAAACAUUACAUGAAAUGCAUGACAGGUGAACAAACAACAGAUUGUUGACUCCGAAGUUCUAAAGAAUGUCAUCUGAAAUUAUCUACCUACUCUAAAUAUGUGGAUGAGACAUAACGCGCCAACUUAUUACAGCUCGCGCCGUCCCUCUCACACCAAGCUGGUAAGAACGAGACUAGUAUUAUCGAAUAAUUCGAUACAAUCUCCGCACAGUUACAUGCUAGUGGGAAUUGCAAAAUUGUAGGUUUAUGUAGUGUACAUUGCUUACUGAACUCCACUUGUAAUAUUCGUUAUAUCGUACACAAAGUAAUGUACAUGUUACGUUCGAUUAUUAACGUAACGAGUUGAGUAAGCAUUGCCUUUGUACGGAUUCUGUCACAAAGAAAUCAUAAUAUUAAAUGAAGCACAAAUGUAAUGAGAGAAAACAUUACAUAAAUUAAUAAUUAACUGUGUAAAAACGCGUAAUUGAAGUAAGUUUAUUGCUUCUAUCAUCUGAUGCCAGGGUAUAAUAAAAACCUUCGACACAUUUCGUUGGAAAUUGUUUUUAAAUGUCAUGUAUGUAAAUACUAUAUUUCUGACUAGGUUGAUCCUAAAGGUUGGACCGAACAUAAUUCAUUUUGAGAAAAAUAGAGAACUGUUACAUCAAUAAACUCCAUGCUAAUCAACAUACACAAUUUGGUGACACAAUUGUUUCAAGUUGUAUAAAAAUAUAUUGAAGCUACAAAAAUCAGUGUGAAAAGAAUGUGAUAGGAUGUUAUGGAGAAACUGUAUUAACUCAAUUUUAUAAUACCUACUUAAAUCACUUUUUUUAUUUGUAUUUUUUAAUAAUCAUGCAAGUGACAAAAUACACAUGUAAAAAUGUAAUUAAAUUUAAACCGUAUAAAUUAAUUUAUUGUACGUUGUAAACUGUAGUCAAUCUGUUGCAUACCAACUCAAUUUGUUGGGUUAUACAACUAGGGGCAAGGUAAACUUUUGCUGAGAACAAUAAAGAUAAGAGAGCAUACUGUAAAUGUUAUCAUAAUUUUAUUAUCGUGGUUAGCUGCUAUUUUAUAAAUGUUUCCUGUCCUAAGCUAAGAGAUGAUCAUUAAAUAAAUAUUAAUU